GAAUGAUUGGACUAAGAAUCUUGAUCAUAAAAUAUUCCCAGAAGUUUUAAUUACUACAACACUUGAUACUUAUGAUAGAAAGACAUUCAGUUCAUAUGUAGAUUUCUUAAAUAUUAUAGAUAGCAAAGAAAAGAAAUUAUUUGAACCUUUGAAUAAAAAUUUUUAUUCAAUAGAUUAUGACUUUUACAAUUUGCUUGGAUUAAACAGUGAUGUCUUAGCAAUAGACGAAAAAUUUCAAGAUUAUAUUCAGCUUUCUCUGUAUGAUAAAUCAACACAAUUACCACAAUUUGUUGAAACAAUACAAAUUGGAUCAAACAAAGUACUUCAAAAAUUUUAUAAUAAUUACUGGGAAGAAAACAAGGCAUUUCUUUCAAAUCGCUUUGAACAAGAUAUUAGGUAUAUUGAUGCUUCGAAGAUUGAAAUUGAAAAUGAGAAAGAUCAAUUCACAAUGCUUCUUCAAAUUUUGAGUAUAAAAAACACAAUAGAUAAAAGAAUAAAACAGACUGCAAUACAAAAUUAUGAAUCAACUUUAGAAAGCUGGAAUUUAUUUAUUACACAAAAUUAUCAAGACAGUUUUAAAGAACAAAUAGGUCAAAUUCAAAGUUACUUUAAUAUUAAUUUAGACGAAGUCAAAACCAAUGAUGUGGAUCCCUUUCAAUUAGCUUACCGAAUUAAUGAAAUAAUUAAUGAA